GUAGCUGCGGGUGGCUGUGGUGGCGGCGUCCAAGAUGUCCACCAAGAAUUUCCGAGUCAGUGACGGUGACUGGAUUUGCCCUGACAAAAAAUGUGGAAAUGUAAACUUUGCUAGAAGAACUAGCUGUAAUAGAUGUGGUCGAGAGAAAACAACUGAGGCUAAGAUGAUGAAAGCUGGAGGCACUGAAAUAGGAAAGACACUCGCAGAAAAGAGCCGAGGCUUGUUUAGUGCUAAUGACUGGCAGUGUAAAACUUGCAGUAAUGUGAAUUGGGCCAGAAGAUCAGAAUGUAACAUGUGUAAUACUCCAAAGUAUGCUAAGCUGGAAGAAAGAACAGGAUAUGGUGGUGGUUUUAAUGAAAGAGAAAAUGUUGAAUAUAUAGAAAGAGAAGAAUCUGAUGGUGAAUAUGAUGAGUUUGGACGUAAAAAGAAAAAGUACAGAGGGAAGGCAGUUGGUCCUGCAUCUAUUUUAAAGGAAGUUGAAGAUAAAGAAUCUGAGGGAGAAGAAGAGGAUGAGGAUGAAGAUCUUUCUAAAUAUAAAUUAGAUGAGGAUGAAGAUGAAGAUGAUGCUGAUCUCUCAAAAUAUAAUCUUGAUGCCAGUGAAGAAGAAGAUAGUAAUAAAAAGAAAUCUAAUAGACGAAGUCGCUCAAAGUCUCGGUCUUCACAUUCACGAUCUUCAUCACGCUCAUCCUCCCCCUCCAGUUCAAGGUCUAGGUCCAGGUCCCGUUCAAGAAGUUCUUCCAGUUCGCAGUCAAGAUCUCGUUCCAGUUCCAGAGAACAUUCGAGAUCUCGUGGGUCGAAAUCAAGAUCCAGCUCCAGGUCCCACAGGGGCUCUUCUUCCCCACGAAAAAGAUCUUACUCAAGUUCAUCAUCUUCUCCUGAGAGGAACAGAAAGAGAAGUCGUUCUAGAUCUUCUUCAUCUGGUGAUCGCAAAAAAAGACGAACAAGAUCACGGUCACCUGAAAGCCAGGUGAUUGGUGAAAACACUAAACAACCCUGAGCCCAGGGCCAACCCCUCGGAACACCACUACUUUACCCAGGCACCACAGGUCACCUUCUGGAUCAUCCCAUUCUGGUUCCCGUUCAAGUUCAAAAAAGAAAUAAUGUAUUAAAUUUACAUCUUUAAAAAAAAAAAAAGUCCAGUACAAUGCAUGAAGCAUAUUUUUUAAGAAGUUGGUGUCUUACUUGGUCAGAAGUGCUAAAUCUGCUAGUAGAGGUGCAUGCCUUUCAUUGCUUUUCAGAACAAUACAGCUGUGUUUAUCUGUGAAAUUAAAAGUAAAUAGUAUUUUAAGCCAUAAUGUCCCAAAAUAGACGCUUUGUUUAUCAUUCAUUAUUUACAACCAUUAGCUUCAUUUAAAAACCAUCUCUGCUAUAACAAAGUACUUUGUUUUCUAAUUUGAACUCUUGUUUUUCUCAUCUCCAAAUAUGAGCAUUACCUAGGCUUAUCUGGACUUUGGGCAUGGAGGCAAGACUGUGGUAAAGUAGUUGGAAACAAUCUAUUUAUGUUAAUCUGGGAAAAGGAGUCAACCUGUUUAUGUUAACCUAUGUCGAAGUGAUUCUUAUUAAAAAAAAGUUUAACUAGUUGUAAAACAGUCAACUGGAAACUAUUUUGAAAUUCCCUAUGUUAAGGGUGCCUUAGAAUCAUUGUCUCUCUUUUAUCCAGUUUUACUUUUUGCACCACCAAGCUUAAUGCAGAAAAGUUUUGUGAAUUGGAGAGGACAAAGGUGUUAUUUAUUUCUCCCUUUCUGAGAAGAAAGGGGGAAAUUUUGAGCAAGAAUGCCUAGCAGUUCAUCUCUUCUCUGCUAAUAUGGUUGAUGAGAAAAACAUUUUAUUUUAAAAUGUUUAAUAUUUUUAGAAGCUUUGUGUGAUAUCCUUUAAAAAUCCAGUUAUCACACGAUAGGGUAGAGAAAGUUAAAUCGUAGUUAAUGGUAAACAAAUCGAAGAACACUUUUGAAGUAUAUUUGUCUUUGGGUGAAAGACCAACAGAGACAUUGUGAAUUUAAGUGAACAUUUGCUUUGAGAUGUUUAAACACACUGCAUAAAAUUUUCUUCUGAGUAACAAAUGAAUGCUUAUUUCCUCAUGACAUAAGCAGAAAUAAUUGUUCCUAUUCACUUGAAAUUACUUAUGGCUUAAAAUACUUUCAAGGUUUGUUUUAUUUCUCAAAAUUAAAAUCUGGUCAUUUGAGCUCUAUUCUGUCUUCUGGUUUUAAAAAAGGUUUCUCUUAACAGUAUCUUCAGUGACAAUGCAAGGUAAGUAUAUUAAGGGAAAUCAACAAUUGUGCUUGGGAACUUUUUCUCAUGGGGUCAAUACACACAUUUUUUGUUUUGGGGGCUGGGUUUUGUUUGUUUUUUCUUAAUGUCUACUGCAAUGAAAAAUUUAAAUGUUUUAAGGUACUUAGUAGAAAAACCAAAAUUACAUUUGUUUUUAUUUUGAA